AUGGCCGAUGAUGCGCAGCAUGAACACACCUUUGAGAGCGCCGACGCCGGUGCCUCAGCCACCUAUCCGAUGCAGUGCUCUGCCCUGAGGAAGAACGGCUUCGUUGUCAUCAAGAACCGACCUUGCAAGAUCGUCGAGAUGUCCACCUCCAAGACUGGCAAGCACGGCCACGCAAAAGUCCACCUGGUCGCCAUCGAUAUCUUCACCUCCAAGAAGCUCGAGGAUCUAUGCCCUUCCACCCACAACAUGGAGGUUCCCAAUGUGUCUCGCAAGGAAUAUCAAUUGCUGGACAUCACCGACGAUGGCUUCCUGUCCCUCAUGUCCGAUGACGGCACUCUCAAGGACGACGUCAGAUUGCCUGAAGGUGAUGUUGGUGAUAAGAUCGUGAAGCUCUUCCGUACCGAUGAGAAGGAUACCAACGUCGUCGUCUUGACUGCCAUGGGCGAGGAGGUUGCCAUGGAUGCCAAGGAAGCUCCCCGCUCUUAA